UGACUUGAGUAGUAACUUGUUAGAUGGUCCAAUACCAAGUUCAAUUUGCCAAUCUUGUCAAUUUGGAUAGUCUUAUCCUUGCAUCAAAUGAAAAUUUGACGGGAGAGAUCCCUUUCUCAAUUUGCAAGUUGAAAUAUCUACGAAUUCUCGAUUUGUCUAAUAACAGAUUAAGUGGUUUCAUCCCAAGAUGUUUGGGAAACUUCAGCAAGUCAUUGGAGAUUAUUGUUUUAGGGAAUAACACAUUGGAAGGUCCAAUUCCAAGUUCAAUUUUCAACCUUACGAACUUGUUUAUUGUUGUUUUGUCUCCAAACAAAUUAAUUGGAGAGAUCCCUGCUUCAAUUUGCUUGUUGAAAUUGCUGGAAGUUGUGGACUUGUCUAACAACAAUUUAGGUGGCUCUAUCCCACGAUGCCUGGAAAAUUUAAGCAAUAUCGUCCUCACUCCAGACAAUCAAGUAAUGAGCUCAGCCAUUGGUCAGGUCAGGGUGCUUUCGAGUAUUAUUUUUCUCGACUUAUCGAAUAACUGGCUAAAUGGAACAAUACCAUCCUUCUUGUUCAAUUUGUCUUCCUUGCUAUACUUGUACCUUGGGAAUAAUCUCCUCACUGGCCAUAUAAGCCGAUUGCCAUCGAAUUCAGUAAUGGAGGUUAUCGAUUUCAGUAACAACUUGUUGGAUGGUCCAAUUCCAAGUUCCUUGUUCCAUCUACCCUCUUUGCGGUACCUAUUCCUUCAAAACAAUUCAUUGACUGGCCAUAUAAGUCACUUUCAGUUUCAUAAGCUAAGGUACCUUGAUCUGAGUAAUAACUUGUUGGAUGGCCCAAUUCCAAGUUCAGUUUCCAGACUAGUCAAUCUCAGGGUUCUUAUUCUUUCAUCAAACAACAAACUGAUUCAAGAAAUCCCUCCUUCCAUUUGUGAGCUGAAAUCUCUACAAAUUCUUGACUUGUCUAAGAAUGGUUUAAGUGGUUCCAUCCCAUAUUGUCUGGGAAGCUUCAAAAAACUCUUGGUACUUGGUCUGGGUUUGAACAAUUUCCAAGGUACUAUCUUUACUACAUUUUCAGAAGGGAAUAGCUUGAGAUAUCUAAAUUUCAAUGGCAAUAAAUUCCAAGGGCACAUACCAAAAUCCAUCACCAAUUGUAGAUAUUUGGAAGUUUUGGACCUUGGCAGCAACAAGAUAGAGGAUACGUUCCCUUCUUUUCUUGGAACUCUUACAGAAUUGCGAGUUCUUAUCUUGCGAUUCAAUAAGCUACAUGGUUCUAUGCAGAGUCCUUCCACCAACUUUUCCUUUCCUAAAUUGAGGAUCUUGGACGUCUCCAACAAUGUUUUGAGUGGGAAUUUGCCGUCAAAUUUUUUCAAGGAUCUCAAAGCAAUGAUGGAUGUUGAUAGCUAUAUGGAAUAUAUGAUGAUGAAAGAUUACAGUUAUGAUUAUUCUGCGCGAAUGAUACUGAAAGGACUCGAGAUUGAGUUGGUGAAAAUCCAAACCACCCUUACAGUAAUAGAUUUGUCUGGGAAUAAAUUUACAGGGGAGAUUCCAGAGGCAAUGUGGAAGCUUAAAGCCCUUAAACAACUUAAUCUUUCCCAUAAUCGACUUACUGGUUGCAUCCUGUCAUCAUUAGGAAAUUUGAGCAAUUUGGAAUCAUUAGAUCUCUCUUACAAUUUGCUCACUGGAGAGAUUCCUAUACAUUUGGUGGAUUUGACAUUUCUUCAAAUCUUGAACCUUUCUUACAACCAACUUGAGGGACCCAUACCACAAGGAAAACAGUUCAACACAUUUGAAAAUAGUUCAUAUGAAGGAAACUUGGGAUUAUGUGGAUUUCCUUUAUCAAAAUCAUGCAACAGUGGUGAUAUCAUAAAGCAACUAGUACCAUUGCCAAACUUGCAAGAAGGAGACGCAACUGGUUUUGGAUGGAAAUCUGUAUCAAUAGGCUUUGGAUGUGGGCUGCCAUUUGGAUUUUCAAUGGGAUACAUGACGCAAACAAGAAGACGACGUGCAUGGUUUGUGAGGCUGAUUCAAAGUGUUGCAUCAACGUUCAAGAAAGUUUAAGGACAAAGUUAGUUAUAGAACUCAUGGAAGAAGGAACGUUUCGAUAAAAUAACAAAGGAUAUGCAAUUUUUUUGGCUUGUGGGUAGUUAUUUAGCUGCUGACCCUUCUGUUGUGGGUAGUUAUAUGGCCGUUGAUUCUUCUCUACCUGAUGAAAAUCGGUUAAAUUGUUGUUCUGGGUGUCCUCAUGCUUCCUUGGCUACUGGUUAUGUCAUCUUGGAAGCUAGUUAUUUUCUUCUGGUUUUUGCAGAAAUUUCUACUCAUUGCAACAAUUGGGCUGCUGUUGCUUUUUGGGUGCUACAAUUCCCCUUGGCUCUCUGUUGUUGGUUGGUUUGAUCUAUUUUAGUUCGGUGUCUUUAUAGUUGUGUUUUGUUGUAAAGCUUUGCUUGUAAAGUCUGCUCGAUUACUUUUUAACUUAGA